UUAAAAUUAAAUUGACAUUGAUUAAUUUUGUGUCGUCCAAUAUUUUAGUUUGCAAAGAGAAGAACAAAAUUUUAUAUAGUUAUUACUUAUAUUCCAAAUUAAAUAAUGUUUCAAGAAUCCCAAUAACAUGGCCCAACAGGAGUCGAUGAAGCAGCAAGAUGAGAAUAUGGCCAAAUUGGUCAUCAACGCUUUCCGCCGCUUAGACGACAAGGGCGGAGGCGUGUCCCCUCAUGAGAUCACGAAGUAUCUGCAGGAUAAAUUUGGUGAUAUAUGGAGUUCAUAUAACUUGACAAAGAGAGCUGAGGAAACUUUAAAGAGAAGCGCAGCCUUAGGAUUUCUUAGCAAGCGAGGAGACCGGUAUUUAGAGAGCGUGGCCCGGAAAUUAACGUGCGGUCGGCGGAGAAGAUCAUGCAGAUGUCGACGCCGCAGGCGCAAGCGCUGCUGCCGGCGACCGCGACGUAGGCGUCGACGCUGCGGCUGUCGAUAGUUCCAAAACAGAUACAGACAGACAGAUAGUUAAAUUUA